UAUUUCGUACUUUUUACAUGGCCGUUAUAAUAUUGAAAUAAAAAUAUAAUAUUUUGCUAAAAGCUAAGAUUAUCAAACUCUUUAAGGAAGAUUUUGUAUAUUCUUGCUGAGGCAAUGAUUGUCGAGUUGAUAUUAAUUCUUCUUCCGCGUAGUCGCAGGUUCCGGAGAUUAUUUUAGGACGGGCUGGGGGUUUGAUUCAAUUAUCUCUCGAAACACCACGGAAACGUGACGUCGUGCGUCGUACGGUUUAUCUCGCCGGCACGUGUACCUCGCGUCGGGGGUCGGGAAUGAGCAAUAUGGUAUACCGCGAGAGAGGGUUGAAGGCACCGGGACCGGUACGGCUCGCGGCACUGCGACACGGCGGUGCUGCGAGCCGGGGGUGGCGAUGGUGACGGCGAUGGCGAUGGCGGUGGCGAUGGCGGGACGGAGACGACGAAGCCCUGUGGCGGCGGCAGUGGUGGCGGCGUCAGAGCCACGUCGCCCGGCUUCAUCCUCUUUCGCCGGAGUCAGUCGGCUGCCAGGCGCGACGCGAGCCAGUAGUACCUCCCGGUACCUCGUGUACAUACACACACACACAUACACACACAGGCACACAGCCCAUCCAUAGACCUCCUUCGCUGCACUUCGGCUGCGGUCGGUCGAUCCCGCUCUCUCUCGCUCCUUCUCUCCCUUUUCCUCCUCUCGUUCGCGUGCGAUCGUUACUCCGAGAGCGUCCGCGAGCGAGGACCCGCGGCGGCAGGUGGAAGGCCCGACGCUGCUGCUUCCGACACGGCGCAUCGAACGUUCUCGCGAACCUGUUGUCAUCGGUGGCGAUUUAUCGGGGAGACAGGCGGUCCAAGGAUACUUAGCCGCACUCAACGAGACUAGGAUACGUCGUUGACGUUUGGCGUGAGUCGAAUUGUCUGUCACAUCAUCCCACGAGGGGAACAGACGUCGCACUCGUUUGGGAGAUAUCCAAAUGAUAAUUGCAUUCCAAUUGAGAUCGAAGGUUCCGAGAUAGAGUGUUCGUGGAAGCGACUGUGCUCCGACUGUGCUCCGAUUGGUGCCCCGAUAACGAUAAAUCCUCCCCGAAGUGAGUGAGUCAGCGCCGCGGGUAUCUCGCGACCGGAAGGUCUAAACAGCGAUUGUAUAGUCCGAAGCGAAACUUGCCAUUACGAUUAAGGAGUUCGGGAUUAGAUAGGAUACCUAACAUCGUAUUCUGCUUUCGUGGCGAAAGUCCAGUUCACGAUAACACGACGAUCGAGACUCUGAGCGAGUUCGUGACUGUGCGAACUAGGCUAACUUGAUUGAAGGGAUAUCGGGAUAAGUAGCCGGAUCAAGACGUUUAAUCUUCGAAGCGAAUCAAGACGGAUAACGGCCAAUCUGCGAUAGCCAGUCCGAUACGAGGCAAAUUGGCAGGUGCGGAUUAAUUGUGCAGCUAUAGAGAGCUCGAGCGACGGUUGCAGGCCGAACAGGAUAACGCACUCGAGCAUCUUUGUAUCCAGCCAGUGAGUUAAUUAGCUUAAUAUCGGGGGCGAAGAAGACGCUUGAGCUAAAAUUCUGGAUAACAAGCGUCAGGAUUAAACGAAACGGUCCAAAUUCAGGAGAGGAGGAGUCAGCGGGCCCUCGGUAGAGUCGCGCUAUUCAACGAGACAAGUCUCCUCGACGGACGCGAUCAGCCGGUCGUUGCACUUCGCCUGCUCGCUCCGGUAAAUCUCCGACGAACGCCUCCUCGCGAUAUACCGUUACCACACCACGACACGCCGAUCGGACGGGGCCUCCGCCUCUCGUGUAUAUACAUACGUGCGUGUGUGGAGGGGCCCGCUUCAUACCGCUCCAGCGCGAACCGGAUACCCAAUUCCGCUCGAACGAGGACGCUCUCCGAGGAGCUUGUGUAUACCACCGGCAAGAGGUUCCAGACGAAUUAGAGGAAUUUCAGGGGACUCGGUUGCCGGGCCGUUCAUACGAACGGUAGUUCGGGAGUGGCAUAUUAAAUUGUCCAAAGCUAUCGGCAGAUCUCGAUAAGUCGAGCGGAUAUUGGGUGACGGCAGGAAGAAGCGAGUGAUUUCGAUUCUCCCCUCCGGGGACAUCCGGUGAGAGAACCUCCGACCGAGUGAAAAAGUGCCGAUUAUCGCGCACCGGGACGAGGAGGUGAAGGAGGGUAGUCGGGCACGGCACACGGGAAGAUUCCUGCCGCCGUUAUGCGUACGCUGACCGAAGCGAUGAAGCAUCGCGCGAUCAGCUGACUAGUGGAGCUGUUCGGCGGCCGCACCGCUGAUAAGGACGGCAAUCCGUCGGACAGGCAUUCCCAGCGACGCCGCCCGCCGCCCACUUGCUCUGUCAUGACAUUUGGCACGGCGUUCCAUUCCAACGAGAAAUCGCAACUGGCCAGCGAGAAUUCCGCUCGGACCGGCAGCAUGGCAGCCGAAGAGGGUAUGCUGGGUGGUGGCCUGGGCGCGAAAUUGAAAUGCCCAACCCCCAUAUCGCGGUUAAGGGUUGAGAAGAUCGAAGGCGGCCUGAUGGUAGCCGGCGUCGUAAUAGCGGCGAAUUGCCAGAUCGCCCUUCCCGCGUUUGGCACUCUCUUCAUGCUCGUCGGCGCCGUACUCACUGCUGCUUCUUAUCGUGGCCCCGGCGAGGACGAGGACAAGAACUCGUACGCCGCACGAAUCGCCUUUACUGGCAAUUCCCGUAUCUUGGGGCCGAUCUGCAUAGUUGUGGGCGCCCUUAUGCUUGCGCUUGGCGUGCUACUCUGCAUGCUCACGAGACGGGCGAGACGGAGGGAGCGCAGGGUGGGCUUUCACUGCCCACUUCACGGGGAUUUCUACCCUCUGAGUCCGGUCCAAGGUAUCAAAAUGCUCGGGGUGUCUGGCAAGGACGUAAGCGGGUGGCCGAAGAUUCCGUGUCUGAAAGGCCGUGCGUCUAGCAAAGGCGGAAGCGGUGCGGGCGGACCGCACGUAGGCCCGCCGCAGUGUCCGCACUCCGUUUUGAGCAGCACCCGCAGCUCCGUGAGCAGCUCACCUUUGAGCCCGUGCCCGACGCCCAUGCCCUUCCUGGUGACUUCGGGCUCCGUCAGUAGCGGCAUGGUGCAAAGCGUCGGGGCCAAUUUAUCGCCGGACCAAACAUUCGGAUCGAUCCGUUCGCUCUCGGUGACGAGGGAAGUCGCCAGCUUCCCCCUGUCGCGAACGCCCACGCCGCCCCCGCAGCACAGACCGUCGGCGGUGGUGGCGACGAACCCCGAGGAGCUGGGCGUCGAUAGCCCCUUGAGGGAGGCCUCACCUAGGCCGGAGGUGCGCGUGGUCGCGCCAUCCCAUCGGCCACUACCACCGACGUCCGCCCUGGCCACGACCAACAGCGGCCAUCACACCGCCGUCUCCACGGCGAACCGUAAAUCCGUCAGCAUACUGUUACCCGAGCAGAACAGCGGAUGACAGCAGCAACAACGACAGCAGCCGCAUCAGCAGCAGCAGCAGCAGCAGCAGCAACAUGGCUUCGUGCACCGUUGCGACGAGCAACCGCUCUCGAUCUAGAUGCGUCGCGCUCGUCUGCGAUGACGAAGAUCACGCGUCACGCGCCGAUUCGAUUCGGGUAACUGAGAAUUAAUUGAUCUCAUCGCGUAGAUAAGACUGUCCGACGAAGGCAAAUGAUUGACGAUGAUUUUUAACUGUCGGUUAAUGUCGAUCGCGGUCCAAAAACCGUACACUUCGUUUUAAGCGCGAGCAUUUUAAAUCGCAAUCGACGCGAGACUCCGACAGGGUUGGAACCAUCGUCAACGAGGGGUUAAGUAACGAGGGACCUCAUCAUGGUGGGAUCCCAUCACUUUUUACCGCUUGAUUAACUCUACGCGAACCGAUAGCUUGACUGUCGUUUGCCCGACGAUACGCCGAUUGAAAACCGUGCUCAGGGUCCCUCAAUGUCUAACGCAAGAUGGCAAAUCAUAUUCGUGCGGAUUUAUCACGAAAGAAAUUACAACCGAGAAAUUUUCCCGUAUAAUAGGAUUCGCGAAAUAAAAACGAGAGAGAUUUGCGUUUCCAAGUCGUAGUGGAUCGAUCGCGCUUCGAUUCGCGCCAUGCUACAUUAUUAUUAUCACAACGCUACUGUGCAUUAUUGAGUAUGUACCAGAGAAGUACAUGGCGCGCGGUACUGAUCAGAGAUGCUAUUUGGCACGCAUGUCUUUUAACCUUCGAAAAUUACACCGUCAACCCGCAAGGUAUGAAAAUCCGGAAAUGGGGAAAGAUAAGCGAGUCUUUCGCAUAUUUUUCGUCCGGAGAAUGACCGCGAUCGUUACUUUGACGUCGGCGUUGCCGUUAAUAAUUAAGUGAGGCUCUCUUGUUCUGCGAGUCCUACAUUUUUAUACAAGUUCUUAACAAAGCCGUGCAAUAAUCCCGUUGCAGAUUACGUUGCGGAUAACGAAACGACAUUAUUUGCCUGUUUGCGCAUUAAGGACGCAAUUAACUGCUCUCAGCGGUGCGUUAAAGUUGGCGUGUACCUUUCUCGCGUGUCGAAAGGGCUAAAACCUCCGGGAGGCACUCAGCACGGUUUCGCACUAUCGGCGGCGCAUUAAUUAAGUCUCAGUUAUUCCCGACCCGCGUCGAGCGACACGCCUUCCUAUUUACACUACCGCCAAGCUCCAACCGUCUCGAACAUUUACAUCCUGGUAGAUAUUCGUCGCAACGGGGCGCGUUUCAGGCCAAAAAUAGUCCGUAAGGUAUCCUCGCGCGCGAUUUAGCACGUCCCCUCGAGAUAUCAGAGAGAUUCAACGAAGUGAGAGAGGUCGAGAUCAAUCCGAGUCCCCCUUCCUCCCUCUCGCCCUUGCGACUUCACUUCUUCCUAGCUUCUUUCCGGCGCCGAAUCCGGUCUCGUGGAUUAUUAUUAGAUUUGUCACAGCAGCAGUUUAGGGUCAGAUACGUUUGCACAUUAUUACAUUUUAUCAUGUAAUCUGGAAGAUCAAUUUGUCAAAAUUUCUUAUUAUCAGUGUAAAAUAGAACUCUAACAAAAUAGCAAUAUUGAGAUAGAGGCAAAUAUUCUAAACCGCAUUUAUCAGAGUAGGCAUUAUGUAUUCAUAGGCAUCUUUCCUUGCUAAUGGAGGGGUGAUUGAGAGGACAAUCUCCCGUCCCUCUCUUUCCCUGUCUCUUUCUCUCCCUCUCUCUCUUACGGCCGAAUCUUCAAUAUCAGUUAUGAAAAUCGAUAUCGAGAGCAGUGAAAACUCCCGAUUUUGAUCCAGGUAGGUAAAUACGUUAUCUGAAUAGAUAAACCGGAUCAUACGAACGUUGGCAGGAGUUCAAAGCUCGGUUAGACGGGUCGAUGGGAUGUUCGGUCCAAUUCGCGUGUAGGAUCGAGGUGACGUUGUUAUUUUUAAUCCAGGCGGAUUAUCUCCGACUCGAUUCAUCGAAUUCAACAAGAAACAUCUAACCAACGCUUAUACUACGUAAUACAACAAAUUCCCCGUGCGAUUUAUAACGCGGUAGCCUCUUUUUUUUCUCGGCGUUGGCUUUGAAUAAAUUGGCUUCCGUAAGCAUUUGUCAUUUUUUAAAAAAUUGUUCAGUUUUUAAAAUGUAAUAGGGAUGAUAAUUUUUAGAGAAAUUGUGUCAUACUUUACGUUAAUGGUUUUAAGAAAUGGCAUGAAUUAUUUGUCACGGUUGAUUGUCACUACUGAAUUUAUAUGGGAUCAUUUGUCACGUGCGAAAUAUCAUAUAUGAAUUCACAUUGGUUUCUCCGCGGUCAUAAAUAAUUUAUGUAAUUUUUGAAAUGAGGAGCGCAUGGAGACUGAAGAAUUAAUAAUUCUGCAUAAAUAUCGGUAUAGGGAUUACUCAAAGUAUCGAUUAGUAGGUCAGGUAGUAAGAAUCAGAUCGAAACGAGAACAGAACGACUGUAAUUAUUGACAAUCUAUUAUAGAAGACAAUCGUGUUGCUAAAAAUCGUGAGAAGAGGCAGCGAGAGAAACAUUUCGAGUAAACUUUUUGAAUGAAUUACGACAUCAUGGUUUGAUAGAAUGGUGAGGGGAAAGAUGACCGAAAGAAUUAAAAGAAAGUCUCGGAAGUCUCAAACAUCUAACAUUCCACAGUAGUUCUUGUAUUGAAGUAAACUUUAAUGAUCUUUAAGUGUAAAACCUCGGUUAAGUUAAUCUUAUUUUAUUUUUCUGAUUUGCACGCAGAAAUGAAAUGUGAACAAUUUUUACGGAAACUUGAAUUCGUAAUAUUUAAUGAUUGGCGGUUAAAAAUUUUUUAUUUUACUAUAAAUAUUUUACUUUUGACUCGUUACGGACGGUGUGUAUGUCAAAUAUAAUAGAUCUGAAAUUGAAAUUGUUUCUAGCUGAAAUAUUAAAAAUAGUAUUUUUUUAUCCAACGAAAGAUAACAGCUUAUUAUUACAUAUAACGUAUUUCUGAUAAGCUUGUUAAAUUCUACUCUCCAUUACUGUUCACUACAAUAUGGACAGACCUCGCUGUUUGACAUCACGAAUUCAAACACGAUAAUCAAAUGAAUCACGAAACAUCGAGAUAUUUCCGUACAAAAUUGCAAACUUAUUAAGGUCGUCAAAGUUUUAAAUUUCGCAUAUUGACAAAUAUCGUCAAUCUUCUCAUUCUCAAAUGACUUUCCUCUCGCGAUUGGAUCGAGCACGAAAGACAUGCGUUACGCUUCGUAAGCGAUUAUCGAUGUCAAAAAGAAAGGGAAUCGCUCAUCCCGGUAAUGAGGCAAGAAGCGAAAUUUUUCCCGCGUUGUUGGCAUUUCGCGAUAAGUGGCAAGACGAGAGCAGGUUUUAACGAGUAACACGAUCCUUAACAUAACGCUGGCCCACGGCAAUCGGAUUAAGUGCUUUUGAUGGAAUUGACCGAAACUGGAUACGGGGUUUUGUGGCGCUAAUUAACACGUAUCGCUCGAACAUUCGCGGAAAAUAUAAACAGACAGAUGCGCGACAACUGGUAAUACGAGCUUUAUUAAAGGGAGAGAAUAUAUUCUACAGUGAUCAGCUUACGAUUCGCGGAUUCUUAUCGUGAACCUGAUAAAUCUAAUGUAAUAAAAAAUACAAUUAAGAUUAUGUUAGAAAAUGUAGACAAGUCAAAACUAUAUAGAAAGUAUAUAAGAAAAACGAGAAGAAAUAUAUGUAUUAUAUAUAUAUAUAUUAAUACUUUUUUAAUAACAUUAUUAAAAGAUUAUUUUAAAGAUAAAAAUAUUGUACAAUGAUUGCGUAAAUGUUUGACUAUAUAUACCAAAAGAUUUAAUUAUUUAUUUUAAGAGUACGGAAACGUAUCUUAAUGAGCGCCGAGUUUAGAGGCGUUUUGUAAAACUAUGUCAGUUGAGCGAUAUCUGUUAAGGGGCGUCCCGAUAGUACUCUACAGAAUGGUGCUAGCUAGAAUACCAGGUGAAUUCGCGUGAUGAGUAACUCUUGUGGGAGAAAAAUGGUGGAUAUACUAAUCGCGUAGUAGAUUUAAGAUAAGCGUAGCUCUUAAGGUAACACACGCGUUUGUGCUCAUAAUUUUCUGCUUGCUCGACGAUGCUACGAUCGAUUCUCGAUCAAAGGUCUCUCUCCCGAAUUUGAAGAAACAGGUCCUCCUCGAGCAGGCAGCCGAAAUUUUACGUAAGAUUCUAGUCCUGUAAAUACGUAUAGGUAGACGACGACGGUAUCGGUCGUGGAGCGUGCGAUCAGUUCAAGGAUUUUUUGAACUCUUGUCACGCUCACGAUUGUAUCUAUCAGUGAGAAAAGGAUAUCGGAAGAUAAACGAUCACAGAUGUACGCGCUUUAUAAGCUUACGAUUGUAUCGAGGAAGAGAGGAUAUUGUUAACUCUUUGGAAUACGUUGAUAUAGAAGAACAUAUAUUAUCCUUUUACAAGAAUUUAUCAUUUAAUUGUUAUUUCGAAAAAGGAAAGUUAAGAGAGGAAAAAAAAAACUUAAAAAUCGAUCUUUUACACUUUUUAUUUUAGAUAUAUACUGCGUAGUUAUUUAUUUACUAGAAAAAUAAGGCAAAAAAAGCUUUUGAAGAGUUAACAAAAACGCGGAUGUAUGCGCUUUCAUUCAUCUAAACGAAAAGUCGAAGCUAUGAAAUUGCGAAGUCGCACGAGGAGGCGGUAUAUAUCAAUAUCCUACUCCGGAUGCCCGGACACCUCCCAACACCACUGGGAUUUAAUUAUAAACGUCCUUGUCCCUUUUACGAAUAACGAAGAUUAAUAUGGCGUAUGAACUCGUGAACUUUCGCCAGUCAUAGUUUCGAUUUAGUUCGGGGCUUUUAAAAAAGUAUACGGUGCAUAAUCCGGAAAGCCGCCUACGUGCUCCCCGCAUGUGUCAGUGACGUGCUAAUUAUUCCAUCGGUUUUGAUCGAGGGCCCCCUCCUCCCCCCUUCCCUCCCCGGUUUGAUUGAGUGACCGUUGGUCGAAACGUCGCGAACGUUUCGCCGAGAACUCUAAGCGGACGCGCUUGAGUUUCUGGAUAUAUUCGACAAUAUAUAUAUAUAUAUAUUUACAUUAAUCGUAAACGGUCUAGUAUGCAUACACGUGUAUGUAGCUCACUCAAUAGCAUUUGUUCGUGCUGUCGUAGGAUAAUGAGUGGAGGUGGAAAAGGAUGUUGCGUAUGUGAAAACAAAUAAUCGCGCAGGCGAUUCGUCGAAUCAAUUGAUCUCCACUAGUGAGAACGAGAGUAGAAUUUCGAUUGGCGCCAUUUAUUUUGAGAGUGGAAUAAAAAUCGAGUUCCCGAACAAGAUUAUACAAUCUGUAUUUCGGCCGCGGCAUUUUAAUCCCCGGUCCUCGGACCGAAAAUCUGGAAGCGUAGACUCUCACCUUCAUUGGUGUAAUCUAAUCUUAUGUACUCGCUCUAAAUCACUUUUUGAUAAGGAUUUUCAGGACUUGAUUUACGCCACUGUCAUAAUGAGCGGCCCUAAGUCACGAAACGAGAGACGAGGGAAGCGUGUGCCAAAAAGUAGGACAAAUUUCUCUUGCGGGACGAAACGAAUAUUUCGUGUAUCAUCUCCUGUUUUGCUCCAUUUCGUCCCACUGUUCCACUUUUGGCAGCCUAGAUACGAUAUCUGGUAUGUAACGUAAUAUUCGCUGAGAAUGAAAUCGCAAUUGGAUGGAUUCCAGAACGUGUUUCCCCGAGAGAAUCUCAUCAAUGUUGGCCCGAUGUCUUUAACUGGAACCGUGGGAUCAGAUGGGUCAAGCUCAUAAAGGGAGCUUAUGAGAGACACAGUGGGAAAUUUGUAGAAAGCGAUGCUUUUCCUAUCGAAAGAUUCAACGCAGCAAUGGACGAAAACUCUUUUUACAAAAAUUAGAGGGAGGGACUUGUCAGAUACGUUUUAAUUUUAAUCUUUGAAUUGAGAUUGAGAUUAAAAUUUCUUUAAAGAUCUUCAAAAGCCUCCGUUUGCCAUUGUGUUUCGCUGAAGCUUUCGAUUAAUUCAGCAAUACAGAUCAGGUCGAGUUUGUUGCGCUCAAGUUUCGAUAGAGAGACUCGAGAUUCCGCAUUCUCGCUCUGUUCUCCUUCAAUCGGUCGACUUGUUUUAUUCUCGCGAACGAUGUUAAUUUCCGAGCGGUGUGAUUCGGACGAAUUGCUUCAACGUCGGCAAGGCUCAAGGUCGGAAAUUAACGCGACUCUCGUCGCUCUUCGUCGGCGCAUCCUGCACGGGAUGGCGCAGAGCGCAUUCUCACGCUGCAGUCGAUGAUGGCGGAACUUCGGUUACGUAGUUAAGGGUGAUACGUAUUUUCUUCUUUCUAGGCAAAUUGUGAUAGAACGCGUAGGCACGUAAGCCAUAAGAUUGAUUCAAGUGAUUACACUAAUUUUAAUUCUCACUUAUUAUAACGAAGCCUAUAAGCGAGCAAGUUUGCAAAGGUGCAGUUUGCCGCGAGGGAUUUACGCGAAGCUUACCGUGCUGUGACUAGAACUGCGAUAAUUUUCUCUGCGAUUCGAGAGACAAGUUCAUAAUGACAUCCUACCUCUCUGCUUUUUUUUGUAAUUUCGAAGCUUGCGACGCUGUAACGCAAAAGUUGACGAAAUCUGCUUUAAAAGUCAAUUUACGACAGUUUUUUAUAAAAAGUUAAUUUAUUGCAGACUGAAAAGAUUAAUUCCUAAAUAUUUAUAAUUAUGUGUAAUAUACGUUGAUAAAGUUACAUCAAUUUCCAGUUUUUAACAAUCCAGUUACCUCGAAAGGUAAAUGAAUAUCGUUCGUAAAAGAAUUAAGCAACUUAGCCUAAUGGCGUAAAAACAAUUUGACAGGUGAACUGCACUUGAUCGGCUCUUGCUCGCGUAAAGGCUUUACAUGACAUUAGGUGUAAGCGUACGAUUCACGUAUCGUCAUGUCGAAUCGAGUCCUUCCGGCGGGACUCGAGCGACCCGCAUUCAUGGUACUUUUACGAUAUACAUAUAAUUAUACAUUAUAGCCAAUAAAAUUUACGAUACAUCAAGGAUGAGUUUUAUAGCUGUUGAUUAUAAAGAGGCUGAUUAAGUUUAGAUAUCGUUCCAAUGUACUCGAUACAUUUGAUAUAACGCAGUUAAAGAUAUCCAUAUGGUAUAGAUAUUAUUAUCAUUAUUAUUAUUACUAUUAUUAUUAUUAUACCACUGUAGUUAUAAGAUAAAUAUCCCAACAAAAUCCCGUUUCUUAAGCGUUUUCGACGCGAAGCUGACGCCAUGAUAAAUAAGGAAUAAACGAAGUAUCCUUAGAAUAGAUCGAUUCAUUAUCUGUCGCGAUUUACGAUUUUCGGACGUAGGUAUCAUCGUCAUCGUAUUUAUCAAAUUGAAAAGGAACCAUUAACUUCAUAUCUCCACCGCUUGUUGUGUAAUAAUAUAGCUGGAGGACGGCUGGCGUUAUAAAGGAGUAUAUCGGUGAAGCAAUGAAAUAAAAAAGAAAAUUUUAACUCUCUACAUAAAAAUCGAUAUGUAGGUCAUUGGAUACAGUGAGAAUUCAAUCUUUUCCCAAAUCGAGCGGAGGGUCUACGGUGUCCGUUGAUGCGACGACUUUCCGCUAUACGGUCGCCGUUUCGGAUCAACGCGCGGUCGUCGAUGUUUGUGGUUUUAUACUUGUGCUAUCCCUGCGGCGAACGGCAAUAAAGGGCAGCAGUUCUGGCCUAUACGCGCGUUGUAGAGACAUAAAGAAAACCGAAUAUAACACCCGUAAACUGCUGUACGUCGCACACACGUGGUGCCGCGGGCCCCCGCAGCUUUCCGUAAUCGCGCGCGCGUCACGUGACGUGGGGGGCCGAGAGCGACACGUCUAUUAAUCGAGAGGAUUCCGCUCUCGAAAGAGAUUUCUCUAGGGAUAACGAAUUUUUUUAUACCGAACUGUGUCGACGUCGGCUCAACGUCACCUAACGCGCAACCUUCGUUUUCAGUUAUGCGUCUCAUUUAAUAUCUCAGUUUAGUCGAAUAUCGUUUUCCGCCGCGAACGUGGCGAGAGAUCUGAAUCUCCCUGUAGGCAUUUUAAGAAAUCUUAUCAACCGAGACCCAAUUAGCAUAGUGAAACCGUUACGUCUGAACACUUUGGUCUCAUCAUUGUCGCUAUGAUUGUCAUCACGCUAAUCCGUCGUUACUAUUAACCGUCACCGUCGCGACCGCGGUGACGUGACGUAGUGCGCUCUGUACUCGAUAUUCUGUGUCGAUACCUACACACCUAACUGUAUAUUAACAAUGAUCACUGUGUAAGGAGUUGAAAUUCCAAGUAUAAUAAAAUCGCUCUUCAUA